AUGAAAUCCGAUGUAAAACCAGUCAUACAACCUCCAAGACCUGUCCCACGCCAUCUCGAAGAAAGAGCAAAAAAGAAAUUGGAUUACUUUGUUCAAGAAGGGAUAAUGACUUGGACUAGACCAGGAGAACCGAUUUCAUGUGCCAGUCCACUUGUCAUCACACCAAAAGGAGAUGAUGAUGUUCGCAUCACUGCAGACUUCCGAGUGGCAAACAAAGGAGCAUCGAGAACCCGCAUCGUACCUGGGCUACGAGUAGACGAAUUGUCGGCAACGUUUGGAGACUGCAAAGUGUUUUCACAUCUUGAUAUGAACAAUGGCUACCACCAAAUGAAAGUUGACGAGGAUUCCAAGAAAUAUCUAGUAGUGACCACGCCCUGGGGAAAUUUGAAGCAUGAAACGCUUGCACAGGGAUGGAUAAGCAGCCAAGAUGAAAUCGACAGACGAAUAAAUGAGAUUCUAGUGGGAAUUCCUUACGUAAAGAGUAAUCGAGACGACUGUGUAAUAGGUGGGAAAGAUCGAAACGAGCACAACAGAACACUCGACCUAGUCCUAACACUUCUGCAAGACCAUGGAUUAACAUUAAGAUUGGAGAAGUGUGAAUUUGGAAAGGAGGAAGUCAAUUUCUAUGGUGCCAGAUUUACGGGAGAAGGAAUCAAACCAUCGAAGGCGAAAGUGAAAGCGUUGCAAGAAUGUGGAGAGCCCAGUUCAAAAGAAUGA